AUGAGGAGAUACAAAGACACAAGCAAAAAGAUCAAUGUGGUUAUGAUCAAGGAAACUGAAGAUAAUGGGUUUCAACCAAUUGAUGUUACUCAAGUUGAUUCUGCAGAUAACGGGCAUCAGCUAACAGAUGUCUCCCAAGUGCCUUCUACAGGUGAUGCACAGGCUCCGGGUAAGCAGAUUGACUCAUUAGAUAAUGGACAUCAACCAGUAGAUUCUUCAGAUAAUGGACAUCAGUCAGUACAUUCUUCAGAUAAUGGACAUCAACCAGUAGAUUCUUCAGAUAAUGGACAUCAGUCAGUACAUUCUUCAGAUAAUGGACAUCAACCAGUAGAUUCUUCAGAUAAUGGACAUCAGUCAGUACAUUCUUCAGAUAAUGGACAUCAACCAGUAGAUUCUUCAGAUAAUGGACAUCAGCUGUUAGAUAAUGGACAUCACUCAGUAGAUGUGACCUAUGUAGAUUUGUCAGAUAAUGGGCAUAAACCAGUGGACGUUACCCACUUAGAGCCCCUAGAUAAUGGACAUCAGCCAGUCUCUGUAGAUAAUGGACAUAAACCAAUUGAGAUUUCCAUGGUUGAUUCUGCAGAUAAUGGACAUCAACCAGUAGAUUCUUCAGGUAUGUAA